AUGUCUGAAGAGAAUAAUCAUAAUAAAUCAAUCCUUGAUAGAAAAAUGAGAACAGAUAAACGUAUGAAAGGAAUGCAUCGUAAACAAAUGAAAGAGAAACUACAGAAACAUUUGAAAAUAAAAGAUGAAAAAGAUAAACAAUUCUUAAAUGAUGCCAUUAAAUCAACUAAUAAUCGAUUGAAAUUGAUGAAGAAACGUUUUAUUGAAAACUUAACAACAGAAAUGAAUUAUAUAAUAGCGAAUCAACCGAAUGCAAUGGCAUCAUUAAGAGUUAAAGCUAUUUUUCUGAUUGGUUUACAUGAUAAAAUGAUACAAAAAAUAAGAAAAUCAAUUGAUCAAACAACAGAAAUGAAUUAUAUAAUAGCGAAUCAACCGAAUGCAAUGGCAUCAUUAAGAGUUAAAGCUAUUUUUCUGAUUGGUUUACAUGAUAAAAUGAUACAAAAAAUAAGAAAAUCAAUUGAUCAAAAUUAUAAAAUUGAAAAGAUCUUAACAAAAGAUUAUGAUCAAACAAUAAUACGUAGACUGUGA